AUGGAUGAGGCGUCUAUGCCUGGUGCCUUUCCGGCCGCCGCAGACGAGAAUAUUCCCAGCAGCAGAACACCCAAGAGACGGUUCGUGGGAAGACGCACGGUAGAGGCGCAGGCAAGACAGAGACUCGACGACAACGCCAAUUCCACCGUCGAGGAAACCACUGCGGUCACCAACAGGGGUCAGCAGACGGCUCCAAGGGUCUUGAACCAGGUGCCCUCACAAAUCCUCGAUGACCCCGAUAUCCAUGCGGCGAUUGCCUUGCUCCCUCACAAUUACAGCUUCGAGAUCCCUAAGACCAUCCACAGAAUAAGGACCCUCGAGGCCAAGAGAGUGGCUCUACAAUUUCCCGAGGGGCUGCUGAUGUUUGCCACCACCAUCUCGGACAUCCUGACUCAGUUCUGUCCUGGCACAGAGACCUUGAUCAUGGGAGACGUCACGUAUGGCGCAUGCUGCAUUGAUGACUACACUGCAAGAGCCCUAGGUUGUGACCUGCUGGUCCACUACGCGCAUAGCUGUCUGAUACCAGUCUCGGCGACCAAGCUCGCCACCCUGUACAUCUUCGUCGAUAUCUCCAUCGACACCAAACACCUGGUGAGCACACUGUCCCGAAACAUCCCGCCAGGGAAGACAAUCGCCAUGGUGGGUACCAUUCAGUUCAAUGCCACACUUCACACCAUCAGGCCUGCCCUUGAGGCCGAAGGUCUAAAGUUGGUUGUGCCACAAAUCAUGCCUUUAAGUAAGGGCGAAGUGCUGGGCUGUACUGCGCCCAAAAUCAACCCGGAUGCCAAUGUUGACCUGAUCUUAUACCUGGGCGAUGGGCGCUUUCACCUUGAAGCAGCCAUGAUUGCAAACCCCCAUCUUCCCGCCUAUCGAUAUGAUCCGUAUUCCCGAAAAUUGACAAGAGAAACUUACUCGCAUGACGAGAUGCUGAACAUGCGCGCCGCUGCCAUCAGCACCGCAAGGAACGCUAAGAGAUGGGGUCUCAUACUGGGGGCGUUGGGACGACAGGGCAACCCGCACAUCCUGACCAUGAUCGAGAACUACCUUGACAGAGAGGGCAUACCGCACGUCAACCUUUUGCUCAGCGAGAUCUUUCCGGGCAAGCUGGCCAUGUUUGAAGAUGUGGAUUGCUGGGUGCAGAUAGCUUGCCCCAGGCUGAGCAUCGAUUGGGGUUACGCCUUCCCGCGACCACUGCUGACACCCUACGAAGCCCUUGUGGUGUUGGGUGCACGGCAAGGUUGGGAAAAAGGAGACAGGACUUAUCCAAUGGAUUUCUAUGCCAACAAUGGCCUGGCGCGGACAACCGAGAAGCUCGCUGCACAAGUUGGAGUUGCCGCUGUAUAA